UUAGAAUUAAAUAUAGUGAUUUUAAUUACUCCAAAACAGGGGUCAGAGUUCUAUAUAUGUAUAGUUAUAUCUUUAAGAUGAUAAUAAAUAUCGUUUAAAAUAAUCAAUCCAUGACUUGAAUAGGGCGGUUUGAAUUAAAUAUAACCUUCGUAUAUCCUUACCUAGGUUAUGGCAAAUAGAGCGCAGCUCUACAGUAUUGUAGUGAGAACACCAUUUUAACUUUAUGGCAUGAAGGCAUCCAGGCAUUUCAAAGAAGACUCACUGCAAAAUCAGGAUCCAUAUUAGAACAAUAAUUUUUUCCUACUGCCAAGAAUUUCAGAUGCUUAUGUUGGAAUCAAGCCUUUCUUCUGUGAUUUACGGCGACGUUUAUACCAGUCGUAUGCAGCGAUUUCGCUGGAAUGUGCAUUAUUUUUGACGCGACGCCGUACAUGUAUACAGCAACAACAUAACUAAAUGAAGAAGAAUAUGGGAAUAAAUUGUCUUGAUAUAUGUAUUUACUGCUUAAAAAUUCAAUGGUUUAUUGUUUUAAAAACUUUCUCUUUUCCAACUAGGCUAGAUUUUGACCUUGGACUUCGGCGCCAAACACAUAACUAAACACAGCGCUUAGAAAAGCAGUGAACAAAGUAACAUAGUUUGAUUGUGACAAUUGUUACCGCUAAACGGUGACACAUGAGCUAUAAUAGUUAUUAAUUUUAUAUAGCAAUCAUUAAAAUAAAUAUUUCUGCCAUAGCAUUUUGAAAUAUCAAAUAUGACGUUAAGUGGUUUAUUUCUAAUAAAAUCUUUCCUGCUUUGGUUUUUUCUUACUUCAGUUUUCACUCAAUAUUUACGAUUAUAGAGAAACUCCAGUUUUUUGAAUUUCUGCACAAAGUGUUCUAAAAAAAUCGCCGUAAUAUAAAAGAUGGACAAAUUAAAAGAGUUUGAAGACUUGGGAUAUUUACACGAUAUAUUCAAAAGACAAUGCCAACUCACUCCCACCAAACUAGCAGUAGUUUUUGCGGAAACAGAAAUUACUUUUGCUGAACUUGACAGAAAAACUGACAUCUUAGCUCAGAAAUUAAUUUCAAACGGUGCGCGAAAAGAUGGUGUCGUAGGAAUAUAUAUGGGAAAAUGUUUGGAGUAUGUGAUCGCCUACAUAUCUAUACUUAAAUCAGGAGCUGCCUACAUGCCGUUGGAUGUGACAUAUCCUAUCAAUCUAUUGAAAGACAUAUUCAUGGAUGCUAAUCCAAGCAGUGUUAUAACAAACACAAGUUGGAACGGGGACUUGCAAGGUAAAGUCAUAAAAAGUAUGUCACAGGAUACGGCAGAUAUUAUAUUGGAAAAUCAGAAUAUUGUUAAUCUAACUGGUGAUUGGGAAAAGGACAUGAAAUCGGAAUUCAAAGAACCAGCAGGCGAUUGUAUACUGCAGCAAGCUGAUUUGAACGAUCUGGCAUAUGUGUGUUAUUCUUCGGGCACCACAGGAAAGCCGAAAGGGAUCAUGUGUCCACAUCGAGGAUCGGUAUUUUCAUACACUUGGAGACAUUUAGCAUAUCCGUUUGCAGAAAAUGAGAGGGUGGCCUGCAACAUUUUCUUUGUUUGGGAAUUGUUACGUCCAUUGCUAAAGGGCAUUCCCAUGUAUAUCAUUCCAGAUGAAGUUAUUUAUGAUCCGGUGCUUUUAUCCAAAUUUGUUAAAAAACAUUCAAUAACUCGAAUAGUUGUCACGCCUUCCCUGUUGGAAACGGUAAUCAAUACUGAUGGUGUAGAUUUGAAUGAUUUUUCAAGCCUAAGAAUAAUCUGGUUUACUGGGGAAGUUGUGACUAUGUCGUUGCUUGGUAGAUGCGUGGAAUCAUUCCCGUCCGCGCGAUUAUUAAAUUAUUAUAAUGCCACAGAAUGUCAUGAUGUCGCAGCAGCUGACUUGAGCCAAUAUUGGAUAGAUAUUAAAGAGCAAACGAGCGACGUGGAAGCGUUGGCCAAAAGAAAAUUUGCUCCAGUUGGUAAAGUGCUGCCUGGUGUACACAUAUAUAUUCUCGACGAGGAAUUGAAUAUUCAGCCGACGGGCGUUACUGGAGAGAUCUAUGUUGGCGGACCUACUUUGGCCAGAGGAUAUUUAAAUCGUCCUAAACUAAACGCAGAGCGAUUCAUUGACUUGCCCCAAAACGGUUCUACAACGAGAGUAUAUCGUUCUGGAGACUGGGGAUUGAUGCUGCCCAAUAAAAUCUUAGAAAUAUGUGGAAGAUGUGACACGAUGGUGAAAAUAAGAGGAUACAGUGUAGAAACACAAGCAGUGGAAGCAGCGUUGCUUCAAAUUUCGGUGGUAAACGCUUGUGUAGUUGUGACGAAAGGAGAAGAAGGAGAUGAUAAACAACUAGUUGCAUACAUCGUUCCUCAAACCGGAGCCAAUAAAAAGCAAAUACGCACAGAGCUCAAGAAUAAACUGCCAGCAUACAUGAUUCCAUCUUACUUCGUUUUCUUGAAAAAAAUUCCAAUGGUAGCGGCAACUGGAAAGCUGAAUAAGAAAGCUCUACCGUCUGUUUUCGACAAGACUUCAACACCAGAAAGUUGCGAAAAAACAAUGGAAGGAGACGACGACGAAAGUGAUCUGCCUAAAACGGAAACAGAGAACUCACUAGCACAAAUUUGGAGCGACAUUUUGCAGUUUCGCGUCACGGAUAUUGAAGAAAGCUUUUUUGAUCAUGGAGGUCAUUCUCUACUUGCUGCUCGACUACUUGGAAAAAUACGUGAACUGUACGAUGUGGACAUUGAUGUACAGACUCUUUUCUCGCAUCCAACUGUGGCAGAAUUGUCAAGAGUUAUUGAUUCUAAAAAUGCUGGCCACGAUAUCGGUAUUCAGCCCAAAAAUAUUGAUUUAUCAAAUGAAGUCAAGUUAAACAUGAUUCCAAGCGCAAAUCUGGACAUCCAAUUACGAGCUUUUUGGAGAUCUGCAAACUACAGCUAUCGGUGGAAAAGAGGUCGGGUACUGCUUACCGGUGCCACUGGAUUUUUGGGCGCGUACUUACUGAAAGAUUUACUGAUUGACACGAAGGCCCAAAUCUAUUGCUUGGUCAGAAAAGGUAGAGAAGAAGACAAUGCCGAGAGAUUGCGAAAUACUUUCAAGUUUUAUGAGCUUUUCAACAACGAAUCUGACAAACUCAAGCAGGAUUUUGAUGCACGCGUACACACAAUUUCCGGCGACGUAGCUCUGCUGGAUCUUGGGAUGGGAGAAGAAGAUUAUGCUCAUCUCUCGUUUGAGAUUGAUUAUGUAAUUCAUGCAGGUGCAUUUGUCAACUUAUUGUAUCCAUAUGAAGCAUUUAAAGGCGCUAAUGUGCACGGAACAAGAAAUGUUCUUAUGUUCUGCAAGACGGGGAAGAUCAAAGCGUUACAUUACAUCAGCACCAAUUCUGUGCUUCCCAAUUACCAGGAAAACUGCAAAGAAACUUCUUCUGCCUUCGUGAAAUCUGAGCUAGAAGAUGGAUAUUCGCAAAGUAAAUGGGUCGCGGAACAACUCGUAAUGCACGCAAUCGAAAGUGGAUUACCGGCUACUAUAUAUCGUCCAGGCAAUGUGUCUGGUGAUCGCGUAAAUGCUGGAUGGAAUUCAUCUGAUUUUAAUUUACUCGUUAUAAGAGCGAGUAUAUUAACUGGAGUGUGGCCAGAUAUAAAUUGGAGUGUUGAAAUGACUCCUGUAGAUUUUUUGAGUAAUGCGAUCGUACAGCUCAGUCAAAACUUUUCAAUUGCAAUGCAUAAAGUAUUUCACCUGGUUAACCCCAAAGCUAUUGAUUCUAGCGUCCUGUUCUUCAUGAUUUGUGCAGCUGGGUACGAGUUGCAAAUGGUUAAAUUUGAUGAUUGGUGUGACGCGGUUGAGGGCAUGGAUGAAAAAUUGGUUGCUCCCGGGACUCCUUCGCCCCGUUCAAUGCUAGGUUCCAUCACUCAAUCAAAAGAUACAUCAUUGUUUUCAUUUGUUACAACGUACGACAACGCAGUUUUCAACAAAGUCAUGAAAACGCUAUUGAAGCAGGAAUACCCAACUCUGAAUCAAAACCUGAUUGAUCAUUACUUGAAGAAUUUAUCUAGACGAAAACUCAUACCGCCACCAAAACCUCGUCACGGAAGAGAUUUACAUGGCAAAGUAGCUCUGGUUACUGGGGCAUCAAGUGGUAUAGGGAAGGCCGUUGCCAAAUAUCUAGCUCAAGCUGGCGCGAAGGUCUGUAUUGCUGCAAGACGAGUUGAUAAACUUGAGGAAAUAAAAAAAGAAAUUAUCGUUGAUGGGGGAAUAUCAGAAAGUUUUGCCCUCGAUGUCACCGACAGGAAACAGUUUAAAAAAAUUGUCAAAAGGAUCGAAGAUAAACUGGGAAGUGUCGAUAUCCUCGUAAAUAAUGCUGGCCUGAUGUACUAUACUCAUAUGCAUAACUUAAUGAUGGAUGAUUGGGAUGAAAUGAUAAGUGUGAAUUGUAGAGGGGUAUCUAAUGGUAUCGGUGCCGUUCUACCGGGAAUGUUGAAGAAAUGCAGUGGACAUAUUGUCAAUACAUCUUCUGAUGCUGGAAGAAGGGGAUUGGCCGGUCUGGCAGUUUACUCGGGAACAAAGUUUUUUGUAGAAGGUCUAUCACAAGGUCUUCGACAAGAGAUAAAAGGAAAGGGCAUCAGAGUGACUUGUAUACAACCAGGCGAUGUUAAAACAGAAUUAUUAACUCAUACUAAAGACCACGAAGCGAUGAAUGCAUACGACGAGAGUGAAUCCUGCGAAAUACUGAAUCCGAAUGAUGUUGGCAGAGCAGUCUUAUAUGCAGUAACACAACCUGACCAUGUCGGAGUGAAUGAAAUAUUGAUUGAACCCAGAGAGAAUCCAAUAUAAUACGCCUUCAUGAGUUGUUAUUAAUUCGUGCAUGUCACGAUGUAUAUAUUUUUCCCUUUCAUUUAUACAUUCUGUUGUAGCGAGUACAUAAGGAUAGUUGCUGUGUAUUUCGAUAGUCCACUACAACGACUCCUAAACGUACCAAAACCACCUGUAGUACAUUUCAAUGACCAACCCGAAAUCCACGAGUUAGAGGAUAUCGAAAUGGAUGAUGAGAAUAUCGAGGUGGCUAGCAAUUUUCAAAAGCAAGUACUCAAGCUCAGUUUGACUCAAAUGUUUGACUUGUAACAAACCCUUCAAUUUAUUCCUAACCCUUUUAGGGCAAACUCGGUCCCGACGGUCGUUGCGAAUUGUAUGUAGUGUGUAUCUCGUAAUCGCAGGGGUCGGCAACCUUUUGUAGCUCGCGGGCCAAAAUUAAAGUUUGCAAGUCAUUGGCGGGCACACAUAUUUUUAGGAAGGUUAAAAACCGAACUGAUGGCAGAUGAAUCGCAUUUUUUCACACAGAUCAGAAGUUAAAUUUUGAGCAGCGCGCGAAGACUGACCAUUUGAAUAUUUUCUGCGCCAUUAAACCAUUUGCACUUACAUAAACUUUUCUGCGUUUUGUUGUUUCU